UGUUAUGGCUGUGUGCAGCAAACCCUUCCACUAUAGUAAAUACUUAUUUGUCCUAAAACAAGCCAUGUCAGCGUCGGUAGCAGACAGCAACAUGGGACUUUAUUUCACCGCCAAGUAAACGUUCUUGUCACAGAUCCGUUACCCCUGAUCUGUGCCCAGAAUCGUCUCUGGGGCUGUCCCUACCAGCAAUAUUGUCGGGGCGAGCCGGCUCUGCACCUCAGAAGCCCCGGAGGCGCGGCAGCGGCGGCGGCGGCGGCAGAGGUGACAGUGUUGCCAGGCCUCGGCCGUUGCCCUCAGCCCGUAGGCCAGGCCAUAAAAGAGGCAGCAUGGAGGUGGGCAUGCGUGUGGUGCGUGGCCUGGACUGGAAGUGGGGGAACCAGGAUGACGGCGAGGGCCACGUGGGCACCGUGGUGGAGAUCGGCCGGCAGGGCAGCACGACCACUCCCGACAAGACGGUGGUGGUGCAGUGGGACAGUGGCACACGGACCAAUUACCGCACAGGAUACCAGGGUGCCUAUGACCUGCUGCUCUAUGAUAACGCUCAGAUCGGGGUGCGUCACUCCAAUAUCAUCUGUGACAGCUGCAAGAAGCACGGCAUCAUGGGAAUGCGGUGGAAGUGCAAGGUGUGCUUUGACUACGACUUGUGCACGCAGUGUUAUAUGAACAACAAGCAUGACCUGAGCCACGCCUUCGAACGUUAUGAGACGGCACACUCCCAGCCAGUGAGUCUGGCACCGAGGCAGAACCUCCCACGGAUCAUCCUCAAAGGAAUCUUCCAGGGGGUUAAAGUGGUUCGUGGACCCGACUGGGACUGGGGCAACCAAGACGGUGGGGAGGGUAAGGUGGGGAAGGUAGUGGACAUUCGCGGCUGGGACACAGAGUCAGGUCGCAGCGUGGCGAGUGUCACCUGGUCUAAUGGCACCACCAAUGUCUACCGAAUGGGCCACAAGGGCAAGGUAGACCUCAAAUAUGUGUCAGACGGCCAAGGAGGCUUCUAUUACAAAGAUCAUCUACCAAAGCUAGGAGAGCACGCGGAGCUGCAGCGCCAGGAAAGUGCCGAUGGUCACUCCUUCCAGCAAGGCGACAAGGUGAAAUGUCUCCUGGAGGUGGAUAUCCUGCGACAGAUGCAGGAGGGUCACGGAGGCUGGAACCCCAAAAUGGCUGAGUACAUUUGCCGGAUCGGGACUGUUCAUAGAAUCACUGACCGAGGAGAUGUCAGAGUACAGUACAGCAACAACAUCCGCUGGACUUUCCAUCCUGGCGCUCUCACCAAGGUGAACACAUUUGGAGUUGGGGAGCUUGUAAGAGUAUUGGAAGACAUGGACAGCGUGAAGAGACUGCAAGCUGGCCACGGAGAGUGGACAGACAGCAUGACGCCUGUGCUUGGUCAGGUUGGAAAGGUGUUGAAAGUUUAUGCUGACGGUGACCUCCGGGUGGCAUUCGGAGGCCAGACAUGGACGUUUAACCCCGCGUGCCUCUCGGCGCAGCCCGUGGAGGUGGACGCCAACCUCAUGACUGCCGAGAACCCCAACGAAUCUGGAAGUACUGUCAUCUCGGUGCUGGAGAAGCUGCUGUCUCAGUCCACGGAGCAGGACAAUCCCAGCCGCUUGGUCAUCGAGGCGGCGCACGGCAGUGCCAGCAAAGUGCGGGAGCUGGUGCAGAAGUAUCCUGACAAGGUGGACAUCAAGAACCAGGGAAAGACUGCGCUGCAGGUCGCAGCCCACCAGGGCCACAUGGAGGUGGUCAAGGCUCUGCUUCAGGCCAACGGCUCCAUCGAGGUCAAAGACGAAGACGGAGACACGGCGUUGCACUACACUGCCUUUGGUAAUCAGGCAGAAAUCGCACGGCUGCUCUUGAGCAAGGGGGCAAACGUCAACCUCCUGAACAACUCCAUGUGCACGGCGCUCCACAUCGCUGUCAACAAGGGCUUCACUGACGUGGUGCGGGUGCUGACCGAACAUUCGGCUGACGUCAAUCUCCAGGACUCAUACGGGGACACGCCACUCCACGACGCCAUUGCUAAAGAUUUUCGCAACAUCAUCGAGAUUCUGGUCGUGGUGCCCAACAUCGACUUCACCCAGCAGAACCACAGAGGCUUCAACCUGCUGCAUCACGCCGCCCUCAAAGGGAACAAGCUGGCCACAGAGAAGAUCCUGGCGCGAGCGCGGCAGCUGGUGGACGUUAAGAAGGAGGACGGCUUUUCGGCGCUGCAUCUGGCUGCUCUCAACAACCACAGGGACGUCGCCGAGAUCCUCAUCAAGGAGGGACGCUGCGACAUCAACAUCCGCAACAACCGCAACCAGACGCCGCUGCAGCUGGCCGUCACGCAGGGCCACACCGACCUGGUGCAGCUGCUGGUGGCCGAGGGCGCCGACGUCAACAUGGAGGACGAGGACGGCGACACGGCCAUGCACGUCGCCCUGCUCCGUCCGCAGCUGGCCAACGUGGUGCUCAGCCCCGCCGUGGGAACCAGCAGCACGGAGGAGAGCAGCGAGGGCUGCUCCUCCACGUCGCUCUACUGCAGGCUGAACUCUUCCGGUCUUCUGGGAAGCACGGAGCUGAGCGUCGGCACAGCCAUCGCCUGUUUUCUGGCGCAGGAAGGAGCCGACAUCAACUACGCCAACCACAAGGGCAAGAGUCCUCUGGACCUGGUGGCAGACAGCACCAUGCUGCAGCUCAUCAAGAGCUUCUCGGAAAAACACAGGUUGCAGCGUCUGCAGGCCAUCACGUGUGGACAGGGCCUGAGCAGCGCCAGCCUCCGGCGGGUCCACACGACGCCCAACACCAUGACCAACCUGGUUCUUCCCACGCCGCCCGGGCCCAGCGAAUGCCUCAUCUGCUCCGAACUGGCUCUGCUGGUGCUCUUCUGCCCCUGCCAGCACAGCGUGGCCUGUGAAGAAUGUGCCCAUCGGAUGAAGAAAUGCAUCAAAUGCCAGGUCACAAUCACCAAGAAAAUUAGGCAAGACCAAACGGAGGUGGACUGCAGCCCCGGCACCGAGAACUCGGAGCAGCACAACCUCCUGGAGCAGCUGCAGUCGCGCUACCGCCAGAUGGAGGAGCGGAUCACCUGCCCCAUCUGCAUCGACAACCACAUCAAGCUGGUCUUCCAGUGCGGACACGCCUCCUGCAUCGACUGCAGCGCCGCGCUCAAGACCUGCCCCAUCUGCAGGCAGACCAUCCGGGAGCGCAUCCAGCUGUUCGUCUGAGCCGCUCCCGCUCCUCUCAGCUCUUCACCACCCAAAGAGGAUGUGGGACGGGGCGGGGGCUGCCGGGACGGAGAGAGGCGCGGCCUCCACCUGCCCCUCGCGCCCAUUCACGCCCCCGGGAUGGAACUGUCACCCCCCCCCCCCCCCCCCUCGGUUGCUUUGCUGUAAGACGCCGUGUCCCGUCGCUGAGAGUUCACUGUUACGUUCUGAGUAUUUUCCAUGUUUGAGCAGCACAGACAGAAACAUGUCGGUCACUCUGAUUUCAUUUUAAGCACCAGAACUGACGUUUACUCGCCUGGAACCGGACGAGGCAAAGUCGUGAGGCCAUUCUGACAUUUCAAAUUCUCUGAUUGAUAGGCUGGGAGGAAACCCCCCCCCCCCCCCCCAUCCCCACCUCUCUCCUCUCUCCUCUGAGGCCUCUUCUAUGUCUGAGCCUCAGCCAGCCCGCCAGCCAGCCAGCCGCCUCUUGUAAUCUGUCCUAUCUUUGCUGCUUUAAGUGGAUGUCUGUUACCCAUCAUCCUCUCUGGCUUUCUGGCCUCUUCUGUUUACAAAGGCUGCACAGAAAUCAGUUCUCGUCUUCUUUGCUCCUCAGCCUGUCCUGUGAAUUCUGUUUGCUCUCAUUCGUAUCAAUCUCUUAAUAAUCAGUGUUAGUCUCUGCAGAGGGAGUUGGUAUAACUAAAGGCUCUCUAUAUAGUCCCCAACCACUUGUCUGUAUGCAAGGGGAAAUACUCACUAUAUAUGCAUGAAUAUAUGCAUAUUGUAAAGCUGAAAAUGACUGUGUUGUCAUGGGUGAUUUGUAGUCGUCGUUUUAUGUUCCUCUGGUUACAUUUGUGGUUUUUAAAUGUACCUCAGAGUACAGGUUUUUUUUAUUUAUGCGUGAAAGGUGGUGUUACUUAGUAAUGUCCUUUUCAGUUGGUGUUUUGCUUGGCAAAAAAAACGUUUUUGGUUUCUACUGAAAUUCACCCCACAAGCCUAUGUCCUCUACUCAGGGUAUCAAAUCAUUUGAAAGCACUUGGGAUAUCCAUACAGGCUAGAAGAGCUCCCCUACACACACACACACACACACACACACACACACACACACACACACACACACACACACACACUCAGCACUAUAGAGAACAUUGUAUCAGAUCACUUUGGUGGACGGUUCCCUGAGGGAAAAGGUUGUUCAGAUGCAGUCAUAAACUUGAGCAUAUUGACUAAGAAUGAGGUUUAUUAACCUUGAAAAAAAUCAGACUUAUUAGUGAAAGUCUGUUUGCAGAGGGGAUUCUGGAACAAACCUGACAUUUCACUAAAAGUAGACUCAGAAAAAUCCUCCGAUCCUCCCAGAAGCACCAGUCACCUUCAUAUCUGAGUGUAACGUGGGCAAAAAGCACGUCUGGACAACACAGACCGAAUCAGCGACUCAGUAUCACGUCAUGUUUUCGAUGAGAGGUCUCGAUCGUCUGAUCGGUGUUUUCAUAGAAUAUUAACACGAAGCGACGAUGGAAACAGCAUCUGUUUUUACUGCUGAAGCUGGACAAUAGCGCCCGGCGUCACGCCGCUGAGACCCCGACACUCUGCAAGGGGGAUUUUUCAUGUUACCCACCAGAUGUAUUGUAAGAUGUAGAAUCAGAAGGGCAAAAACACGGUGUUGCUGUGUUGUGUCUGUAGCUCCAUGUCGACUUCCUGGUCCGCUCAUAUCUGAACAGCACCCCUCCUCCUCCUCCUCCUUCCCUCGUCUUUCUCCUCUGGAGGUCUGGAUUGUACAUCAUCUUCAUUCCUUUUCAAUGUUUCGGUGUGUUUUCUUGAAGGGCUUAUGCAUAUGAGAAAAAAAAAAUUGUAUCUAUUUUAAUCCUAAUUUAAUUUUUAUUUUAUAUAACAAAGGAGACAGGAAGUGUUUUUUGUCUUCAUCAUAUCCCAGAUUUUGGGAGAGCCAAUGUUAAAGAUGUACAUUUGAAUGUUUCGGGGGGUGUAUCCUGUCUCACUCUGCCUUUUUUUUAAUGUGUAAAGAAAAAAAAAAGAGAGAGAGAAAAAAAAAAGAGCUGAAGGAAACAAAGAUGUACCGUGGGGUUUACUUUGAGGGAAGAACUUUUACAUCAGUGCCAAAUCGCAUGAGGAUGUGCAUGGGCAUGCACGCCCCCAGUUACCUAGACGCACUAUGCUAAACCCCUCCGAGCUCAUGGGAGGGUGCAAUUAUUCCAGCAGAGAGAAGUAAACUCAAAGCAGACUUAAUUUUUUUUUUUUCUUUAGUCACUGAUCCAGAAGUAUUAUCUCAGCACAGUUACUGGUAUUAGCAUUUGCGCUAAUGGUGUUAGCCUUCUAACGUCAGCAGUAGUGCUCUGAGCCUCCUCGUGUUCUCAAUGGAAAGGUGGAGACUUACACCCACUUCCAAAAUACCGUCUGUCCCAUAUAGUUUGGAGCUUUUUACAAGUAUAUAUAUUUAUAUUUUGUGAGACAUCAAUCAAGGGACACGUUUCUUACAGAAAAUACAGCAUUCAAGCAUCGGUCUUCUAAGUUGAUGGAUUUACCUGGCAAAGGCAAUAAUGUUUUAGAAAAACAUGGGGAAGAUGUUUGCGUUUGUUUUUUUUUUUUUUUGUUUUUUUUUUGGUUUGUUUUAUUUUGUUUUCGGUUUCUCUCCCCGUCGAGGAAGUUGCUGUGAAAUGGGGGAAACAAUUUAUGUAUAAAAUACUAAUAAAGCAGCAAACGUUACUGUUGGUGUUUGUACAGUUCAGCUCUUGGAGUUCUAAUGUUGGCCUUACUGUCCAUUCCUCCUCUGUUGAUGUUUUUUCAGUUGUAUUCUGUACAAAAAUAUUUUGCAAUAAAUAUGGAACUGUUUUCUAAGGACAAAGUG